CAUCAAACUUGUCCUCCUGCCCUUCCACCCUACCAUGCGCCUUGCUUCGCUCUUCCUCCCAGUGAGCUGACACCCUCUGCCCGACCUUUGAAUUCCCAUAAGUUAACCGUUAUCCCCCGCUUUGGCACUCCCUCGUCCUAUCGUCUUCUGUUCGCACGCCCAUCGCUUGCUAUCGUACCCAAAAAUCUAUCCCUCCUCUUUGUUGCCGACCGGAGCCGGCUUUUAUACCCCCCUCCAUCAGAGCUAUUGACUUGCACACCGUCGCUUUACACAUUUCCGCCGUAGCGAUCUUCUAACCGAGUUAUCGGACCACAAUGAGCGCUGCUUACGAAAACUCAUCGGCCCCCCCGAAACCGCAGGUCCAACCUUGUCGUUACAAGACUGGUAAAACUCUCGGCUCGGGGAGCUACAGUGUCGUGAAGGAGUGUGUCCAUAUCGACACGGGGAGGUAUUAUGCCGCGAAGGUCAUUAACAAGAGACUCAUGGUUGGAAGGGAGCACAUGGUAGGACCACCUAUCGUGGGCAGUCUUUUUUUUCUUUCUCCCCGAGACCACCUCUAAUUGCUCUUUCUUUGAUCUGUUUGCGCUAGGUUCGGAAUGAGAUUGCUGUGUUGAAGAAGGUUUCUAUGGGUCAUCAAAAUAUCCUCACUCUGGUGGACUAUUUCGAGACUAUGAACAAUCGCAAGCACCCUUACAUACCCACAAGGCCUAUUAUGGACUAACUAUUUAAAGUUUAUCUUGUCACCGAUCUUGCCCUCGGGGGAGAAUUGUUUGACCGGAUCUGUCGGAAGGGAUCGUACUACGAGUCCGAUGCAUCCGACCUCAUUCGCGCUACGCUAUCAGCAGUUGCCUACUUACAUGAUCACGGGAUCGUGCACAGAGGUCAGCUCUGCAGCUGAAGGAUGGAAUGGUUGAGAUGCUGAUCUAUUUGGAAUGUAGACUUGAAGCCCGAGAAUUUGCUUUUCAGGACUGCGGAGGAUAAUUCGGAUCUAUUGAUUGCGGAUUUCGGUUUAUCUCGAAUCAUGGACGAGGAGCAGUUCCAUAUAUUGACCACAACAUGUGGUACACCGGGAUAUAUGGCGCCCGAAAUCUUCAACAAGACUGGCCACGGGAAGCCGGUGUAAGCUCCGCCUUCUUGCUGGGUCUACCUACCUCCUUUGAGUACUAACUGUGACAAGUGAUGUUUGGGCUAUCGGCGUUAUCACGUACUUCCUCCUUUGUGGAUACACACCCUUCGACCGGGACAACCACGUGGAUGAGAUGACUGCAAUCACCCAAGCAGACUAUAAAUUCGAGCCGGAAGAUUACUGGAAAGAUGUCUCCGAAACAGGUCUGCCCGUCACUUUCCACCCUCCUCCUUCCCCUUCUGAUCCACUCUGCUAACGGUAAUAUACCCCUCGUAGCCCGGGACUUCAUCCGUGGUUGCUUAACCGUGGAUCCAAAUGCUCGCAUGACGUGUCACAAAGCCCUGGAACACCCCUUCCUAGUGGAAGGCCACAGGGGCAAUGACCUUCUCCCUGUCGUUCGCAAGAACUUUAAUGCUAGAAAAACUCUCCAUGCCGCUAUCGACACUAUCAGGGCUAUCCACAAACUGCGCGAGGGGGGGACGAUGGAUGGCGCGCUGAGCAUCAGCCCCGAGAACCAGAAAGAAAAGGAGAUAGCGAAGCAGACCGUGGGACUUUGGAGGAAGCCUGCGGGCGGGGUUAUGAAGCCUUAAGUAUUGAUUGCGUGUAUCCCGCUUCGUUUUAUCGUCCGUCCUUGCUUUUCGCCAACCCGAUGGAUAAGAUGAGUAUGUUUCUAUUUCGGUGUUUUAUUCCCCGUUUUUCUUUCCCUCCCUUCGAUAUCCUCUUGCGUCUGAGCCUUCGCUGGAUGGGUUUGUUGGCUGUGUGUGGAGAUCUUGGAAGGUUGUUUGAGUUUGGCGUAAUUCCUGAGUCUGUCCGCUUAGCUCAGUCGCUGGAGGCUGGUUAGAAUUUUCUGUUUUUUUUUUACUAUGGAUAUCUAUGCCAUUUUGCUGGCUGGCUUUUCUUGCUUUUGGAUGGAUUUCCGGCGGUGUGGGGCUGACCGAUGGUGGCCAACGGUGAUUUUUUUAACCACCAUAUGGAUAUUUUUCCCUUUUGCCCUUUCCAAGCUUGGCCCCGCCUCUCUGCCCUUCUCCUGUUUUCCCCAUAGGGUGCCCCUCACUAGGAUGGGGAAGGGGAAUGAUAAUAUGGAGUCUUGUCUGCCAGGGCCUUUCUGAUUACGUGGUCUCUCCGUGUUGCUCCUUGAUUCUGUAGUCUACCUAUUGUGUGCCUACGCUAGGUCCCGUAGCUAUUCCCAAUGCAACUGAAAUGUUGUCAAGGAACACAUUCACCUUCAUGUUU